GAGGGGGGUGGGGGGAACGGGGUGAAGGAGGACGAUUCGUGCCAUUCUCCUCACCACCCAAGUGAUUUUUUUUUUGAGGGGUGGGGUGGUUUUGUUACCCCACCCGCCGCCAAACUGCGGGUUGUAGUGCGCGCUGCAAGUAGUGCUGGGCGCGGAGUGUGAGCGCACGGGCUGUCGACGGACUAUAAAAGAAGCGGCGAGCGCCGUCGCGCCCAUUCGUGGGAUUGGAGCCGAAGCGGAGUGUGAACGGUACGAGUAUCGGCAACAAUAUUACUACAUUGCGGCAAACGUCCUCCUGAAGAAAAACAAAAUGCAGAUUUUUGUGAAAACCCUGACUGGCAAGACUAUUACACUGGAGGUGGAACCCAGUGACACCAUUGAAAAUGUCAAGGCUAAGAUCCAGGACAAAGAAGGCAUUCCACCCGACCAACAGCGUCUGAUCUUCGCUGGCAAACAGCUGGAAGAAGGCCGCACACUGUCAGACUACAAUAUCCAGAAAGAGUCCACUCUUCAUCUGGUGCUGCGUCUGAGAGGGGGUAUGCAGAUCUUUGUGAAGACCCUGACUGGCAAAACCAUCACACUUGAGGUAGAACCCAGUGACACCAUUGAGAAUGUGAAGGCCAAAAUCCAGGACAAGGAGGGUAUCCCACCAGAUCAACAGCGCCUGAUCUUCGCUGGCAAGCAGCUAGAAGAUGGCCGCACACUUUCAGACUACAACAUCCAGAAAGAGUCCACUCUCCAUUUGGUGCUGCGUCUCAGAGGAGGCAUGCAGAUCUUUGUCAAGACCUUGACCGGCAAGACCAUCACACUGGAAGUGGAACCCAGUGACACCAUUGAGAAUGUCAAGGCUAAGAUCCAGGACAAAGAAGGCAUUCCACCCGACCAGCAGCGUCUGAUCUUUGCUGGUAAACAGCUAGAGGAUGGCCGCACACUGUCAGACUACAACAUCCAGAAAGAAUCUACUCUCCAUCUGGUGCUGCGUCUGAGAGGAGGCAUGCAGAUUUUUGUCAAGACCUUGACUGGCAAGACCAUCACAUUGGAGGUUGAACCCAGUGACACCAUUGAAAACGUGAAGGCCAAAAUCCAGGACAAGGAAGGCAUUCCCCCAGAUCAGCAGCGUCUGAUUUUUGCUGGCAAGCAGCUUGAAGAUGGUCGCACACUGUCUGACUACAACAUCCAGAAGGAAUCCACACUGCACUUGGUGUUGCGUCUGAGAGGCGGCAUGCAGAUCUUUGUCAAAACCCUGACUGGCAAGACCAUCACACUGGAAGUGGAACCCAGUGACACCAUUGAAAAUGUCAAGGCUAAGAUCCAGGACAAAGAGGGUAUCCCGCCCGAUCAACAGCGUCUGAUCUUUGCCGGCAAGCAGCUGGAAGAUGGCCGUACCCUAUCAGACUAUAACAUCCAGAAAGAAUCCACUCUGCAUCUGGUCCUGCGUCUCAGAGGGGGUAUGCAGAUCUUUGUGAAGACCCUGACCGGCAAGACCAUCACACUUGAGGUAGAGCCCAGUGACACCAUUGAGAACGUGAAGGCCAAAAUCCAGGACAAAGAAGGCAUUCCCCCCGACCAGCAGCGUCUGAUCUUUGCUGGCAAGCAGCUGGAGGAUGGUCGCACACUGUCUGACUACAACAUUCAGAAAGAGUCCACACUGCACUUGGUGCUGCGUCUGAGAGGGGGCAAUUGUUAAACUGGCUAUUGUGGCACUUUACACCAUGUGAUGGGCUGUGUUCUGCACUCUUAAGCAAAAAUUCAUUAAAGUGUGUUCCCUUUUGUCAUUCAAAAUAAAAUUGUUUGUUGCAAGCUUA